GCAGCAGCAGUUUUAGGAACAACAGGUGAAUGCUAAUUGAUUCUUGACCGCGUGAUGCGACUGAGAGUUUUCCCAUUAACAGCGUUUUUCGGGUGUGCGAAACAUGCCGAUGAACAACAACCAGAAAGUACAGAGUGCAGCUGCCAGACUCGCCAGCCUGCCUGUGGUUCGCUCAGCCUGUAACAAGCUGUCAGUCUUGUACAUUAACACUAAAUGCAGCCACCCAAACCUGAAGACAGUGUGCGACGUGCUGGAGAACAGAGUGACAGCUUUAGGCACAGCGGCCUGUGUCAGAGUUUCACCUGUCAUUGUUAAACUGCAGCCCCAGAUUUACACUGCAAAUGACCUGGCUUGUAAAAGUCUUGACUGGCUGGAAACUACAUUCCCUGUGCUUCACACACCCACAGAGCAGAUUGCUGCUGUGGCCAAGAACAAGAUGCAUGAAGUCCAGGAUGUGGUGAGCAUUGCAGCUAACGGAACCAUGGACUGUGUGCAGCACACGGUUGCAUGGGUGGCGGAGAGGAUGCAGCAGGUGGAUGAUGGGACCAACCAGAGUCUUGUGGAAAGAGCCAUCAGUGUGGCCAGUGUGGGACUGGACUCUGCUCUGAGCAUGUCGGAGGCUCUGGUGGACCGAGUGCUUCCUCCCACUGAGGAAGACAAAAAAGAAGAAGCUCACUUGGUAGAGGGAUUUGAGGCUGCCACACUCAGGAGACGUUACCCUGUGCGACUGGUUUCACUCACAGUCAAACUGUGUCGGAGGACCUACAACAUGGUCGAGGCCAAGAUGCACUCUGUUCAGGUCAUGGAGACUUUGUCCAGGUCUUCAGCUCUGGUUCAGGAUCUUCAGGGUGCCUGGCUGACCUUGGCCUGGAGUCUCCAGGGGCUGCCUCAGUACCUGCAGCAUCAGGCUGUGUCUGUGUUGUUCUUUCUCUCACAGAUGUACAACUUAAGCCACUCACCAUCUGAACAAAACGAGUCUGGUCAAGUUAGAAGUAAUCUCAAUGCAGCCCAGGUCCCAUCCCCUAGCAAGGAUGUGGUCCAGGUCCACUCACAGGCUACACCUAGUUUCCGAAUUAGGAAACCUGCAAAAGUGCCUGCAUUUGACAAUGGGUGUAAUGUAAAGGGAUGUGUGCGUCGUUGAUGUGGAACAGUCAAUAUACAUGUUUGUGUGUUGAGUUUAUGUCCCACAGAUCUCACUAAGUGGUGCAACUAAAUACUGGUGUAAAAUAUAACUUGUUUGAACAUUCAUGAACUUUGUUUCCUCAUGCUUUGAGUCUGGCAGCUGUUGAUGUUUGUUUAGCACAAAAAUGGCACUCACAGACUACAGCCACCAAUUUAAGUGUAGAACCUGGGGAGAUGCAGAGCUCAUAGAACUGACAGAUAAAUCAUGUCAUUGCUACAAAACAAGAUAUCCCCUCAUUUUAACUGUAUAUACUUUAUAUGGAUGAGUAUUUAGAAGCUCACACUUUUUUCCUGUUUUGUGGUUUGAAAAAUCCUUCUGAUCUUGGGGCAACAAUUGGAGCUUUUGAUGCUUCUGACUUAACAUUUCAAGACAUGGUUUUCAGCCCAGUAUGUAGAGUGCUAUUAAACUCACAGUAUGGCAUGAAUGGUUUAUUUCUAGAGUGAGAUACUCCAGUACAUAUCAGUGACUGUUCUGGCUCUUGGAUGUAUCUUAGGGUUUAGGCACCUAGCAUACAGUGAUUCAUUAUUUUCAAUCUGAUGAUUGUCUACCAUAAUUCAAUUGGCAAACCUGCAAUAAUUAAAUAUUUAACAAUACUCAGUUCAUGAUCUGAAGGUAGUGAAAACUAAUAAUAAAUUACAUUACAGGCCAAUUUUUCAGCAAAACAUUACUUUAUUUGACUGUUGGGUUUCACUUUUGGCUGGACUCUGACUUGGAUGUGGAUGCCCUCAGAGAAGAAAGGCGGCGCCUCUUGGCAAUCUGUUCCUGGCGCUUCUCCUUG